AUGACCAAAAAAACGCCCGAGGGGACCGUCAAAACCUACACCACCAUCACCACAAACACCAUCCCCGACCCUGGGCUCCCGGAGGAGCCGGCCGCGCCGCCGAACCACUCUCGCUUCUUUGGUUCCAUGCUAUCGGCCUUGGAGAAACGCCGGAAGGCCAUAAAUAAUAUGCACUGGUCUAUGCGCGGCGUUGGUGCUGGGGUCACGCCGGACUCGCGCCACGACAGAAAGUCGCAGUGUGACAAAGCCCAAGGUAACUACCCCAAGAAGGAGCCAGCUUCGCACCUGAGACGGAUGCGCCGGAAGCUCGCCAGCGACCUGGUUCAAGAGCUCGAAGCGGGAGGGAGGAAUCGUUCUCUGGUCCACCGCACAUUCUACAAAGCCUGGCGUCUGCACGCCUCCGGAUACGUCUACAGGGAGGGCAUGAUCACGCAGAAGGAGGAUAACAGAAAAUCCAAGAAUCCAUGGCCUAGCUGGUAG